AUGACGGCGAUUUGCUUCGUGUGCAACCUGCCCAUCCUGAGUCAUCAGGUGGGCCUGGUAUGGCAAGGCGGAAAUGGAUGGGACGACCUCGUUAGGGAACAGGUGGAGGAGUCGACCUUAAAGCAACGAUUAGGGACUGGGCGAAGGGACUCGGCGGCUCAGAUAACGUCCAUCUCUCCACCAAAUGAGCUCCAGGAGUCAUCUCCAACGAACCAUGGUCGUCGGCGUUCCUCCAUCGCCCAGCUGACGGACAUCCUUCGGGAAUGGGGCGGAGGAGGUGGGUCCGGGAAGAGCGGGAAGGGCAAGCUUUACAGACGAGAAACUCUGGCAGACAUCGCCAAGUCGAUGCCCUGGUCCAGACAGCAGACGACGGAUGCCAGCCACCUGGCUAGCCUCCGGAAACGUAGGGAGAGUUCGGUGGACAGCGGCAUCAGGAGUCAGGUGUCCACCAAGUCUCGUCGAGACUCCGCCAUUAGCGAUUUCAAGAACGACCUGGCCAGGCUCUGGAGCAGGAAGGACUCUCAGCAGCAACCUCAGCCUCCGCCAACGGUCAUCGCCCCUUCGCCCAGAAGAGGAUCGGGAGAGUCGGUGAGGACUUCUAGACGCGGGUCUGGCGAAAGUGCGAAAUCCAGAAGAGAUUCCGUCAUUGGUGGACAAACUCCGAGUCCAGGAGAACGAAAACACAAUUGUCGCCAUCAUAGACGCAAGUUGUCUCAACAGUCUUUGGAAGGUGGAAUUACCCCGACAAAAUACUAUCGAAGUGACCAAAGGCCAAGUGCUUCCAGUACCGAUAGUGCUGCCAGUGCUGCAGUCAGAGAACAUCUGGAGAACCAGAGGAGUCUGUCGGAUAAGAGCGAGAAAGCCAACAGCAUAGAGAUGAAGACUCAUCCGAUCGUUCCGGCAUCGGACGCGAAGAUGAUAACUUCGGCAACGGAGACCACGAAAGCCGUGAUAACUCCAGCGGAUUUGAAAGCUCCCGUCCCCACGACGGAGCCGAAAAUCACCGGUGCAGACAGCAAAAGUCUAUACCUCGACGCCUCCAUCACGCCUCCAACCAUCGUGAUGUCAUCGGUGACACCGCCGACGGUCUCUCCGGUUGCCGGAAGCAGUCUUCCUCUGCCCGGUACAUCGACUUCCGGAAGUUCCAGCCCCGUGGGCUCGCCCAAUGUCAAUAACACUCCUACUCAUCCUUUGCUCGCUACUCGAAGGGACUCCACCACCCAGUGUUACUACAAGGCGAAAGAAGUUUCGCCGAGUAAACUGUCGAGGCUGACGAGACAAGCAGCAGCUAUGGAGGAAUCUUUGCCACCAACUGGUCGACGUGGAAGUCAACCAACCCUUUCACCAGAUCCAGACGAUGGAGGUCGCAAGGCCAGAAGGGAUUCGCUCAGUCCAGACUCAGCAUCUUAUCCCAGAAGACGAGACUCGAAGAGUCGACUGAGUCCUGACAGAAGCGCCGAAAAGAGGGACAUCAGUCCUAUUAGGCAGAGAAAGAGGCAACUGAGGAGACAAUCUACAUCGAUAGCUGCAGGUCGACCACCGAGGUCACCAGACAGCUCGUCGUGCUCUUCAAGAGACCCCAGUCCCUGUGCUCGUGCACCGAGUAGCGUUCCACAUGCACCUGUAAUCAGAAGACAAUCUACAACGGAAGAAAUUCUCAUCGCCCGUGGUUUUCGUCGACAGAGUACCACCGAGGAAAUGAUACGAUGUCGCAAUUUUCGUCGACAAAGUUCUCAGAGUGACGACACGGUUCAAAGGUAUCGAGGCCGUAGAGACAGUUCUGCUCAAAUCACCGAUGGUACCUUCGCCACGAUGACUGUGGAAACGACGAGCACUUUUUUCGACAGUAGCACCCAAACCGAGCCGUCCCCGCUGUACGACAACAAUCACUACCACGAGGAGUGCCUGAGAUGUAAUAGCUGCGGCCUGAACCUAACCGGACCCAAUCAGAAACGGGCACGACGGUUCAAGAACCAUAUCCUUUGUGAUCUACACUUUGCCGACGUGGCGCUCAUGGAGUGUUCGGACUUCAUGCAGCAGUUGCGCAGCUUCAAGCCCCAAAGUUUAGGCUGCGCAGUUGCAAGAAGGAAGUCUUCGACGACGCUCAUCUUCCCAUUGCCACCACAAGCCUGUUCAGAUGAGUUCUGCCAGGAGUUCCCACAUAACCUCAUUCCGACCCCGGGUUACUGGAUCGAGUGCUCUCGUCAGCAGAUUACUGCCGACACUAUCUGGGAUGAGAGCGAGAGCGAUCGCGAUGCGACCGAUCCGGAACAAGCCGAAGAGCAACCGGAGGUGGAGACCGACGAGACGCCUCGGAAGAAGACCUCCAUCGAGGAACAGUGGGAGAAGAAUCAAGGCUUCGAGUUGACCUCCGUAGAACAGGAGACGUAUGAGAAAUAUUUCUAUGGGUCGGAGCAUUGGAAUUAUUUCACCAAUGACGACGAUCUGGGUCCGGUGAUACUCAGUAUCAAGCAGGAGACCAUUAAUGGCCGCGAUCAGUUCAGGAUAUUAGUCAGGGCUAUCAGCUACACUGUCCAUGGGCUGAUUCCUGCCAGCUGUGUGUUUGCCGACAGGUACAAUCGGGAGGAAGUGGUCAGGAGCCUCGGCAAGGAGGUAAACAUAAAUCCGCCCUUGCGAUUGGGACAACUGCCAGACACCCCGGAAGAAUUGCUGAAGCUCGACCAAGUGUUCAUCAAGUCUGAAUUGAAGGUCGGCGUCAUUUACGUGAAGGAAGGACAAUACAGCGAGGAGGAGAUCCUCGGCAACAAUGACAACUCCUUCCUCUUCCAAGAGUUCCUUCAGAUACUCGGUGAUAAGGUCAGACUUAAAGGCUUCGACAAGUACAAAGGUGGCCUUGACAACGUGCACGACCUCACGGGACUCUACUCCGUCUACACAAAUUGGAGGGGCAUCGAGAUAAUGUUCCACGUGUCCACCUUGCUUCCUUUUGAGAAGAACGACCCGCAAAAGCUCCAGAGAAAGCGACACAUCGGCAACGACAUCGUGUGUGUCGUAUUUUUGGAAGCUGACAACACGAGUUUCAGUCCAGCGUGCAUAAAGUCUCAUUUCCUUCACACUUUCAUCCUUGUACGCGUAAGUCCUUUAAACAAGAGGAAAAUCACGAAGUACGAGCUGUCCGUCGUAACUAGGGACGAGGUCGGGGCUUACAAGCCGUAUCUCUGGGAGCAAAGUGUUUUUGAGAAGGGUCCGAUGUUUCGCGAGUGGAUUUUGACGAAAAUCGUUAACGGAGAACGUGCCAGCUAUUCCGCCCCGAAGUUCGCCAGGAUGCAGGAAAGGACUAGAAGUCAAAUGCUGGAGGACAUUGUCGCCAAUUUAACGAACCACGCGGAAACUGGACAAAUUCCCAAACCCUACAGACGUGGUUCGUGGAGACCAAUUGGUCACAUGAGACCAUCCUCCCCUCUGCUGGACUCGGUUCGGGAUCAAUUCGAAAAUUACGAUCAACUCGCCUUGGACUUUACAAAAGCUUUCUUGAAUAACGAAGCGAAUAGCAUCCUCAAUGCAAAUCUCUUCGACGUCACCUUUCUUGUAUAUAAACCGAACAAAUCUGGACAACAGAAAGAGAAAGUCAGGUUCAUCGGUGUUCGAGCGAUACUUGGUGUUCGCAGCAGAGUCUUCCAGGAAAUGCUGUACGGGAUACAGACAGGAUUUGGGAGUCCUCAAGUCAGCGUUGCCGAUCUACUAGCAAAACCUGCACCAACCCUGCUCAAUGCUCCAACGACGAAGAACACGAAUUUCCUUCAAGUACCUGACAGAGAAAGUCCCAGGCCCAUAAGUGUGCCCUCGUCGCCUAUGGUGAAAAGGGCUUUCUCGAGGCUGGGCACCAUCACUGCUGUAUGGGGAAGAAGCAUACGGAAGCAUGGAAGCGGCAACACCCUGCAGACAGAAGACAGGAAACGUUGGACUAGUUCGCAGGAUUGCAGCAAUAAAGAAAGCAAGGAAAAGGAAAAGGCCGCCCAAUCACUAGCCGUUCCACGAUUAAGCGUUUGUGCGGAUGCACAGAAAGUUGACCGAGCCAAACUUGCGCAAACUGAGUUCGACAUCAUCGAGUUCGAUCCUGACACGUUCAGGACGUUGCUGGACUACUUGCACACGGGCUCUUGUCCAUUGACUUGCAGCAACAUUCCUGGUCUGAUCUGCGCGGCGGAGCAUUACGACCUACCGGAAUUACUCCAGGCGUGUUUCCAUCAUGCCAAACAGUUCCUCAGGAUCGAUAUCGUUUGCGUGAUGCUGUGUGCUCUGGAGAACUAUUACUGGCGGUACACGUCAGGUUCGGAGCUGCUGAACAUGAUCCUCUCCUUUGUCGAGACGCGGGCCUACCAGCUGUUCCAAAGCCCGGAUUUUCUGACUCUCAGCGAAUCCAUGGUGCAAAUGAUAAUGUCCUGCGGCCUGGAGGUUGUGGAGAUCAAGAAAUUCGAGGCCAUGCUGGGUUGGGCGAAACACAGGAUCAAGUCCCAAUCCUUAAAGUCCGACGCCAAGCUCGAGUUCAAGUGCAUCAUGGAUAGGCUCAGCAAAGAUUUGAAGCUCUACAGGAUAACGCCGCAGGAGCUCAUCAGGAUCGUCCUGCCUUCGAAAGCGAUAGAGAACGAGAGGAUCCUCGAGACCCUAAUGUUCCAGGCGAACUCUGGAAUCUACAGGAACGUCGAUAGUUACCUGGAAGCCUAUCAGGAGAAAGUACAGAAUCAGGAGAGUUUUGACUGCGGCUUGUAG